CCAAAACAGUCUGGUUUUCUUUGAACUGAUUUCUCACGACCUAUUCGACGACUUAUGGCCAGACCGUCCCACUAGAUCUCGAUCAUUCUCAGCAUUUCGAGAUCCUCUCCCCUUUUGAGCCUUGGGAUUUUAUCCGGCUAGUGAUAUCUCCGUUAUAUCCAAGCUCUGGUCCCGGAUCCGUCCAUCUUUCAACGCAUUCUCACUUUCAAACUCAGAUUUUCUGACUACCAACCGCCAAGAUGCCCGGAGGUGUUUGCGCCGUUCUCGACUACGAGGUCGAGUUGAUGGCCGAUUAUGUUUCUGAAAUGGCUACUCGAAUUGUCAUGCCGCAAAACGCCGUCAACACCGCCUUCAGGAAGUUUGUGUCACAGAUUCUCACUUCCACUCGGCUUCCCAGCACUACCAUCCUUCUCGGCAUGAACUACCUUGCCAAGCGCGUCAACAUGAUGAAGGCUAACGGCCAGACCACCCAUUCCGAAGGUCAAAUCUGGCGCAUGUUGACCAUCUCGCUUUUGCUUGGAAGCAAGUUUCUGGACGAUAACACUUUUCAGAACAAGUCCUGGUCCGAAGUGAGCGGGAUUCCCGUCAAGGAGCUCAACACUCUGGAAUAUGAGUGGCUCGGUGUGAUUGGCUGGCGGCUGUAUGUCAACCUCGAUGAGAGUGAGGAUUACAAUGCCUGGCUGGCAAACUGGAAGGAAUGGUUGGAGGCGAAGAAAUUGCAACAAGCUCAGGCCAACCGCGAACGCUUGGCCUCCCUUGUGCCUCCUAUCAAGACCGACAUUUCCCGAUCUCGGUUCUCCUCGGCUUGGGAGCAGAAGCAGAUUGCCGAGUAUGAGAGGCUAUCGAGCAUCAAGCGCAGCCAAACCACUCACGUUGCUUAUCCUCGCCACGAGCAGUCCGUGUGGGGUCAUUGGUCGCAGCAACAGGCGCCGUUGACGCCUCCCGACUCUGGAUACGGAACGCCCGAGUAUGUCAACUCGGCGACAUCGGUCAAUUCCCACUACAACGAGUGGUUCGAUAGUGCGGUUAGGGACCAUUGCCAGGCCUCUCGGCAAUACCAGCAGCCUGCGUCAUAUAACUCGUUCUAUCGCGGCUUGUCCAAUCGUCACCAGAACAGCACUUCGGGGUACUGGAACUACACCCACAACGUUUGGGAGCAUUCCCUUUCCGGUGAUUGCAACUGCGCUACUUGUGCUGCUACGGACAACUCGCCUCCAUACUUCAUGGGUCACACCUACGGACAGCCGGUUGUUGGCUAAACAGCCAAGGACACUUGCGACACGGUUUCGACGAUGCCACG